UACGGUACAGCCUGUACCCGUCACUGUGCCGUGUUGUGCUGUGCAGCAGUGGUUCGCAGUUGCUUUUGUAGUGCUCUUGGGUGCUUGGGCGGGCUGGCCCCUUGUCCGACACGCCCGCCUCCCCCGACGCCUGUCUCGCAGCCCGCCUGCGACCUACCUACCCACACCCUUUUCUUCUCGUCAAGAAACCGCGUCCUCUCUUCCAAAAGACGCGAUCACGCAGCAGAAAUUCAUGCUGCAGCCCAAGAGUCAAGCCUGAAGAGGUGCGCUGCCCGUCCCGCGGCCCAGGGGCGACCAGCCAGCCCGGCACCAUGAUUUCCAACACUCGAGCUACGCGAUCUCGCUAUUCGAGCCCGGCCCAACCCCAGACCACCAGCUGGAAUGGACUCGCCGACGCGUCAAAGGUUUCUUCGAAUCAGGCAUCACGGGCCUUUAUGCAGAGGUGGUUGGAGCCCUCCGUGCAGACCAAGGCGAGCUUCGAGGACGACGGCCUGGUUCGAUAUGGCGUCCUGGAGAACAUGGCGCCGCUGGGAUCGCUGCCCAAGGCUAAAAAGGCAGGCUCUGAGACGGGCCCCGCCGUGCGAAAGAUCAUUCUGCGGCCGUCCGGUGGAAAUGCUGCAAAUUCUGCCUCAGAGCCCGCCCCGAAGGCUCCGGCAGUUGCGUCCUCCCCUCCACCUCUAGCAGGACCCCCUACACCGCCACGACGGAGGUCUAUCGCCGUAAAGGUUACAGCGGUGGAAGCAGCAGUAGCGGACGACGACGACGACGAGGACUACGAGCCCAAGGAGGCACCGAAACGUCGUCAGUCUGGUCGUGUAUCCCUGGGUAAGCGAACCCGUCAGUCGUCAGGCGGCAGGAGGAGCUCCACGACUGCUGUAACCAAGCCGACCACACCAAAGGCGGCGAGAGAGGCAAAGGAGGCGAAAGCAGUGAAAGCAGUGAAAGCAGCCAAAGAAGCAAGAGAAGCCAAAGAGGCCAAGGAGGCCGAAGAGGCCAGGGAGGCCAAGCAAGCAAAGGAGGCCAAGGAGCUUGCUCCACCGGAUCCUGAGGUCAAAGAAUUCACAGACAAAGUCAUUGAAUCCGCCGUCGAUGAGGCUCUCAAACACUACCGCUAUCCUACUGCCUGGGCACUGAGGAACUUGUACGAUGAAAACUCGCACAGCGCCCACUUUGUGGGCAUGAUCGAGGAAGUCUUCAACCAGACAGCAGACGCGGCCACGCUCCGAAAGUUCUCGAAGCAGAUUGAGCAGAAGAAGCGUGAGGGCAAGAAGGAUAAUAUUGGCUGCUACUACUUCAUCCCGCCGUCGACCAACAGCCGUUUUACUCCUCACAAGCCCAAGGCCGCACCCUACGGCAAGCUUCUACAGCAUUCUGAGGAACCGCAGUCGGAGGGCCGAGCAGCCAAGAGGACAAAAACGUCUCACUCUGCCCAUACCCACAGCCACGCCACCCGCGACACACCCCGAAAAAUGGCGUCGGGGGCCAGCAGCAGCAGCGGCCACGGCCACGGCCACGGCCCCAACGGCGAGCUCAGAACGCCCUCACGCAAACGAGCUCGACGCGACUCUGCAUCUAGCGACUCAUCGCUCUCGUCGGCCAUGAGCCUGUCAUCGCCUGAAGCCAGCAUCGCCAGCGGCAGCCCAGCCCGUCGAGGGGCCACCACUCGCCCUGGACCCGACUCCAGCGAUGCGCCAAAAUCUCAGCCAAUCACCACCCGCCGCAAAUCACUCGGCUCCAAGUCCAAGAAAGCCAGGUCCAGCCCGUCCGCAUCAACCUCACCCACACUACCCAUCUCAUCCAACACCCCCACGGCCCAUGCCAGUGCCAACAUGCCGGGCAGGCUUUCCGCUGCUCAGCUCUUCCCCAACCUCCCCAGCAAGUCAUCAAAGGGAGUCAAGAACACUGGCAAGGCCCCUGUGCCCAUGUCGACCGACGACUUCAGCGACGGGGAAGACCCGGAUGUCUUCUGGGACAGGCGACGAGAUGCGCGACAGUUCGCCAACAGCGUCACCGUCCGCGAGAGCUCGGUGCGCGGCGCCGACGAGGAACUGGUCGCCACGCCCGUUAGGAAGACCAGGAAAACGCGUCAGUCCAUGGCGAUCCCAGCCACCACCAGGGCCACACGAUCAGCCAGCAAGCGGCCUCACGACGAGGUCGACAUCGCAACCUCGCCCGUGGCCUGGUCCUUUCAGGGCGACGGACCACCCGAAGCUAGCUCGACUGUUGGGUCGCGAGCUGUGACUCCUACGCUACGCAUGCCUAAGAAGCAGAGAUCUGGACUUCGUGUCAAGUCAUCGCCUGUGAAGAAGAAGGGAGGAACUGCCGCAGGGCUUCCUCGAUCCCUGGGCGAAGCGUCAGCAGCCAACGGCGCGUCUAAAGAACAGGCAUCUGACAAUGACGAGGAUUGCUCCGCUUGCGGCGCCGCUGGCGAUGUCGUCUGCUGCGACGGCUGCCCUCGGUCAUUCCACUUCGAGUGCGUGGGCAUGGUGCAGUCUGAGAACCUGCCCGACGAGUGGUUCUGCAACGAGUGUCUGUUCAAACGAUACCCGUCGCGAGUCCCUGUGCACAAGGGCGUCUUUGCGAAUGCGUUGAACAACCUCGAGAAGAGCAUCCCUCGCGCGUUCAGCCUCCCGAAACGACUUCAGACCCGUUUCGAAGGCGUCAAGGCCGGAAGUGAUGGCGAUUAUGAGGAGGCCACGGCCGCCAAGACCGUCAAGAAGAAGAAUGGAUACGAAGAGAUUACCGACUUCUUCAAGCAGCGCGAAGACGGCCAAGCAGUGCUCUGCCACGGUUGCCAGAAAUCGGCAACCGACGUCCGCGCCAUCGUCUCGUGCAGCGUCUGUCCAUUGCACUGGCACCUGGAUUGCCUGGACCCCCCUCUGGCUGUUCCUCCCGUUCCUAAGACCUGGCGCUGUCCUACGCAUGUCGACGAUGUCUUGACAGAAGCUCCUCACCUGGGGCCAGCCCAUCGAUUUCGCAAGAUCAAAGGAGGCCAAACGAUUACCCCGGCCUUCUCUCGAGGUCUCAAGAACAAUGGCCACAUCGAAGUGGACUGGAGUGAUGAGCCUGAACCAUCCGACGACUCUGGCUGGCCAGACCCGGACUCGUUUGGCUAUACCCACAAGCUUCAGUCCAAAGGCAUUAUCCUCGAUUUCAUUGAGCAGGUACACCGCGAUGGUGCUGGCUAUGGACACCGUCAGGAUGAACCUCGAUGGGCGUCUUAUUUGCCCGCCAAGCCCGCCAAGCCUGUCAAUGCUGCUCACCAUCCGACCAGGGGCUCUGACCUGCAGAGAACCGUCGACGAGAUGCAGGUGUCACUUGCGUUGACUAGCCUGAAGGUGAAGAGAUCGGAGAAUGUUGACCACCUGAUCUCGGCGCUUCUUACUGCUGCAGACCCCAGUGUCUUGGCCCUGAUGGCAAAGAAUAAUGUGGACAAUAUUGCGCAGGGACAGCUCACCAAUGACGACAAGGUUGGCCUCAGAGCUCUCCUUGCUCAGAUGGAUGCCAUGAGUGCUCGUAUCCGCGAGGCCCUCGGCGAAGCACCACCCACAAACGUCACCGCCACGAGGCUUGGCCAGGAUACUGCAGUCCUUGACGUCCCAUCCCCCCAAGACUCGGCCAUCGCCGAACCUGAUGAAAAGGAGACUGGAGCUCUCCCGGUCACCGAACCAACACCACCCUCUACUAUCGACCAUGCUGAAGGUUCCAUGGACCUCGACUAGUAUUUCCCUUGUUUUCCUUUGAGAAUGACGACUUUCUCGACAAAAUUGGCACUCUUGUUUGAUUACGGCGUACCCCCUUGCCCCUAUAGAAUUGUAUGAGUUGUUGGCACACAAAUGCACC